GUGGUUGUGCCUUCCAUCCGACCCUGAAAUGACUGCGAUUUUUCCUUUCCUCCGUCUUCCUCCACGCGACUCUGAGUGACCAUGGGUAUCUGUGGCCAUUCGGGUCUGUUGAAUCUACACGAAGCAUGUAUUCGAGACUCCUGGGCAGCAGUCAUACCAGCAACCUUCGUCGUCUCUAUCUGUCUCCUCUCACUUGCGAAUACCCCGUCGUUAUCUGUCACAACACUUUACAAGACCGUCAGAUACCCGUUUCGACCAUUUUUGACGUUAACAGACGCCGAAGCAUUGGAUACUGAGGGAGAUGAAGCAGGAUCUGAAGAGAGUGGACGAAUUGGUGGAGAAGCAGGCACGACGGCAACAGCAGCAAUGGAAUUUUCUGUUUGGAAAACAGUCGUUUUGGUGUUUAUCGGGUUACUGGAGGUUAUCUGUUGGACUAUCGCUGGAUCCUAUACCCUCAUUUCCGGAGAAACUAGCACCAACACGAACGCUGCCUGGAACGGAAUCCGACCGUUCCUCGUCGCCUUUACAUGGAGCUACACCGUCAUACGCCCCAUCCAACGUCCAACCGCGACUGCGCCUUUCGAUCUGUUCAUGAUCUGCGUGUUACAGUUAAUGUCUGGUGUUGUCCAAUUCGGAGGGAUCCUCUACGCUCACACCGUACUCGACAUGCCAGCCUCGAGCAUGUCGGUCUUUGCGCACACCUUAAAUCUAGUCGGGAUACUGGUCCUUUUGAGCCUCGUUCUCAGCAUGCCAUUAGCUCUUCCAAGCACAAGAGUCAAACCGUCCGAAAUCGGCCGGUCAAUCUCACCAGAAGAUUACACGACCCUCUGGGGUUGGAUAUCCUUCAGUUGGAUAUACCCCCUCGUUCACCGUGGGAAAAGCUCCACACUCAACGAAGGAGACGUCUGGAAUCUCAGUCCUACAUUUCAAUCUCGACCCCUUUUCAUCAAAUUCAGUAACACUCACCGCACCACGCUUCUGAAAAGGCUCUGGGCCGCAAACUCGUUGGAUUUGAUUCUAGAUGCGGUGCUUACUAUAACGAGCAGUUGCUUGAGUUUCAUGAACCCGUUCUUCUUGAACCAUAUCCUGUCUUCAAUCGAAAAACAUGGAGCUGAUGUCACUCCCGCCGACCGAUCUAACGCGUACAUUUACGCUUGUCUCAUGUUUCUGACAUCGUUAGCGAAGGCUGAAUCAGAUGUCCAACACCUUUGGUUCGGACGGAGGGCUGCUACGCGCAUCCGUUCCGAGUUGAUGGCUUCUAUCUACGACAAAGCGUUGAAGAGGAAAGAGGUUGCAGGAGCGGGCGAGUCGCAUGACAAGAAGCACGACGACAAGGAUAAGGGGAAGAAUAAGAGUAGGAAUAAAAAAGCGAAGGUAGGGAAGGAGAAAGAAGAAGAUAACGAACCAAAAGCCGGUGCAGACGUGGGGAAGGUUGUCAAUUUGAUGGCUGGGGAUGCGACUGUGGUAAACGGUGCUUGUACAGGGUUGUACCUCAUCUAUGGUUGCCCUUUUGAAAUCAUUUUGGGUUGCGCAUAUCUCUAUCAACUCCUAGGAUGGUCUGCAUUCGCAGGAUUUGCAGUUCUCCUCGCGGGUUGGCCAUUGAAUACGUUAUUGGCGAAACGGAGUAUCAGGAUUCAAAAGGGUACGAUGGCGGCUAGAGAUAAGAGGAUGGGAGUGUUAAAUGAGCUUAUUGGAGCGGUCAAAUUUAUCAAAUUCUUCGCAUGGGAGGAUCGAUGGAUUGAUCGCGCUAUGGGAGCGAGGGAGAAGGAGAUGAAGUGGAUGAUUAAAGCCCGUAUCAACUGGAUCAUGUUUUAUCUCCUGGGGAUGAGUGCGCCGAUCCUCAUUUCGAUAGUUUCUUUUGCAACGUUCGUUGCACAAGGGAACGAGUUGAGGGUUAGUACGGCAUUUACGGCCAUAGCUCUCUUUGGUAUGAUAAGGGCACCCCUCAACGUUAUACCUACAUGGAUAGUUCAACUUCUUAACACAAAAGUCGCACUCGACCGUAUCGCGGUGUUCCUUGCAGAAGAUGAAGUAGAUGAACAAGUUUCAUCUCUCAAGGGCCUCCACUCGAGGGAAGACGACCACUCUCACCAGCCUCCUUUCCUCUCUGGAGACUCGGAAGGCGGCUUGGGCUUGGAAGGCGCCACACUCAAAUGGAACAAAAUUGAGAAGAAGGAGCAGCCCAAGACUAACGACGAUCCAUCUCAAGCCCAAGCUCAAUUUCGCACUUCAUGGUUUUCAAGCGUGAGGUCGAGGAUGAGGAAGAUCAAAGGUGCCAUCUCCAGGGAUAGUACCACCGCUCAUGGCAACAACGACACCACUGUCGCUUCAGUCUCAGAGACCGGAACGGUUCAUUCCGUUCGUUCGGAUGAUGCCUCGCAGGAACGUAGAUUCGAGUUGAAGGAUAUUUCGGUUUUGUUCCCAGAAGGAGAGUUGUCGGUCGUUACUGGACCUACUGCGAGCGGCAAAACUGCUCUUCUCAUGGCAGUCUUGGGCGAAAUGACCCUGCUUAACGGUCGAGUCAUCCUUCACAAAGAUCGGAGAAGGGUAGACGAACAUGGGUACACACGUACGAUUUCAUACGCUGCCCAGAGUCCGUGGUUACGGCACCAAACGAUAAAGGAGAACAUUCUUUUUGGAUAUCCGUAUGAUGAGAAGAGGUACAACGAGGUGGUGGAGGCUUGUGCGCUCAAUCCUGACUUUGAGAUUUUGGAGGAUGGGGACGAAACGGAGAUUGGGGCUAGAGGCGUCUCGUUGAGCGGUGGACAGAAGGCGAGGGUUGCUCUGGCGCGGGCUGUUUAUGCCAGAACGAAGUAUGUGCUGCUGGAUGAUCCACUUAGUGCUGUGGAUAGUCAUACGUCUCGCUACCUCUACGAGAAUCUCUUAUGCGGACCUCUUCUCCGUAAUAGGACUGUGGUACUGGUAACACACCACGUCGACCUUGUCCUACCUGGAGCACACUACCUCAUUCGCAUGCUCGACGGUCGUAUUGAUACUCAAGGCACAAUCAAAGACCUCCGUUCACAAGGAUUAUUAGAAGGUAUCGCUUCCGAAGCUGGAAUCGAGGCCCAUCGUGAACAAGUUGCCGUCGCGGAGGAGGAAGGGAAAGCAAAAGCUACGCCGGAACCUGAGGUACCGGGAGACGCUGGGGAGCAAAAGAAACCGAGGAAGCUUGUGAAAGAUGAACAUCGCGAGACGGGUAGUGUGAAGUGGAGGAUAUACAAGAAGUAUUUGGAGGCUUCUUCAUAUUAUAUUUGGGUUAUCUUGGCAGUGUUCGUCGUUAUGAACCAGUUUUUGGGCGUUGCAGAGAAACUUUGGAUGAUACAAUGGGGAGAGGCAUAUGGGGAUGACGACACGUCUUUCCGCUCCCACCCCUUCUCAGCUUUCCGUAGCACUGGAGGUAUCUCCGACCACGAAUACGUUGCGGACAGUUACGUGUAUUCGCAACACCACCAGACCCCUCUCUAUACGUAUGCUUCCAACCGUACCGGAGGCAGUCGCCCUCUGUUUGGCGUAAACUUGCCAAACGCAUAUGAACAUCCACUGUUCUAUGUCGGGAUUUACGCAGCCAUCGGUCUCGUGAACGUGACGGUCAACCUUUGUUCUGUCAUUGCGCAGUAUACCGGAGCGUUGAGGGCUUCUAGGGCAUUGUUUAAACAACUGUUGGAAAGAGUAGUCAGAGCAACGUUCCGUUUCCACGAUACUACCCCUCAAGGGCGUAUGUUGAAUCGUUUUGGCAAGGACAUUGAAACGAUCGACUCGUCUUUAGCUGGUUCCCUUCAGGCCGUCAACUCGUCUUUGGCGAGUUUCUUUGCGUCUGUCAUUACCAUCACUGUCUUCUUUCCUCUAUUCCUUCUCCCAGCUACCGCUAUUGGUUUCGUUUACCGGGAACUCGGAAUCGGCUACCUCAACACAGGCCGUGACCUGCGACGGAUGGAAUCCAACUCCCGGUCGCCUAUCUUCUCGCACUUUGGUGAAUUACUCGAGGGAAUCGUGACUGUUCGAGCCUUCUCCGCUGAACGUCAGUUCUUGGAUAAUCUCCAUAAGAAGAUUGACCAUACCACCAAGAUAUGGUACGGAUUUUGGAUGACGAAUCGUUGGUUGCUGCUCAACUUUGAUUGUAUUGGGUGUUUGGGCGUAUUCAUCACCGCGCUGUUCUCGAUUUCCAGAACAGACCCUGGUAUCGCAGGUCUCUGUAUAUCCAGCGCGCUCAGUUUUACGGGAUCAGUUUAUUGGGCAUGUCGAUUCUGGACGAACUUGGAGUUGGAUCUCAACUCGGUAGAAAGAGUCGUAGAAUACCUUGAAGUUCCGCAAGAGCCUCCAGCGAUCAUUGAAUCCAACCGUCCUCCUGCAUAUUGGCCAUCCUCGAGUGCAAACAACGACACGCUUAUCCGGGUCGAGAAUGUAUCUGUCAGGUAUGCUCCGGAGCUUCCGGAAGUACUGCAAGACGUAUCGUUUACGCUUAAAGCUGGAGAGCGGGUUGGGUUACUUGGAAGGACGGGGAGUGGAAAGUCGACGUUGGCUAUGAGCGUUUUACGGUUUGUUGACCCAUCGAGCGGCCGGAUUCUUAUCGAUGGAAUUGACAUCUCGACAAUCGGAACCUAUGAUUUACGGUCUAGGCUGACAUUCAUUCCACAAGACGCCACCUUGUUCUCUGGUACCCUCCGGGACAACCUAGAUCCAUUUCAUGAACACACGGACGAUGAGUGUCUCGAUGUGCUAUAUAGAGUUCAAAUUAUCCACCCAAACAAUGACGGAGGAUCUCGAAGAUCUUCUCGGGCACCCUCUACCGUCGCCUCGGGCUCCGCUUCACCCGCAACUUCCCGACCCCCUUCUGUGCAGGCUAACCGGGAAGAGGACAUGAUUCGGACCAUCACAUCAGAUUCAGACUCGUACUCGACUACCACUACUGACGUGGAAACUCGAACGAGCACGAUCACCUUAUCCACCGAAGUCACAAGCGGAGGGACCAACUUCUCCCAGGGUCAAAGGCAAUUACUAUCUCUGGCGAGAGCGUUAUUAAGGAGGAGCUCUGUUAUCGUAUUGGAUGAGGCUACAAGUAGUAUUGAUUUUGCCACCGAUGAAAAGAUUCAAAAGGCAAUCAGGGAGGAGUUUGGGCAGUCGUUGUUGUUGACAGUCGCCCAUCGCCUACGAACGGUGAUUGAUUACGAUCGACUGAUUGUUUUGGAUAAGGGCCGGAUAGUAGAGUUUGAUACACCACUGAGCUUGAUACGGAAGGAGGAUGGGAUAUUUAGGAGUAUGUGCCUGAAGAGCGGUAAGCUUGCGGAGCUGGAGAAUGCUGCUGUUGUUGCGAAAGCAGAACGUGAUAGGGUUACCAUUGGUCAGUAGUCCAAGGGUAGCAGUCGAAAUUUUAAUGUUGGCUGUAAAUCUAUCUUUCAGAAUCAUGGUCGUACAUAUCGUCGUAUUCUUUUUAUUUCUAUUUGCCUCAUAAACUUCUUUCUGCGUAUCUAAAUGAGGAUGGCAAGGAACGGCAGGCUACAGAAGAUGCCAAUUUUAGGAAGGCG